AUGGACUCGGAUUCGGAUUCGGGACUCCGGACACAAGCUGCCUUCCAACGCGAUUCCAGCUCCUCCAUACACACGCCUCCAUCUGUUGUCUAUGAUAACAUUGCUGGCCCAAGCCACUCGAAGGCGAAGUCGCUUCGCAGAGAGCCCAGCGGUCUCGUUGAUUGCCACCGCGUGUUGACGAAGGUAUUUGGCCAUGCGGACUACAAAGGCAAACAACGCGAGAUUGUAGAGGCUGCUGUAAGAGGAGCGGAUAUUUUCGUCCUCGCACCAACUGGGAUGGGAAAGGAAUUCCCUGCAGUAGCUGAUACUCACGGAAUAACAAUCGUGGUUUCUCCCCUCCUUGCUUUGAUGAAGAACCAGGUCUCUGCUCUUCGUGCCAAAUCGGUUAACGCCGUCGCCUUGACAUCAGAGACGGAUAAAGAAGAGAAGGAAGAGAUUGUGCGAGACUUAUCGUCAGGCCAUCCAAUAAACCGUCUUUUAUAUAUCACUCCCGAAAAGCUCCUCAGGAGCGAAUUUCUCAACACCCUGGAUACCGUCUAUGAAAACCAAGAACUAAAUCGAUUAGUUAUUGACGAGGCGCAUUGUAUUUCGGAAUGGGGUCACGACUUUCGUGCAGAAUACCGGCGGUUAGGCAUAUUCCGACGACGGUUCAACGAUGUACCCAUUAUGGCCUUGACGGCAACGGCGACCCCAACAGUACAAGCAGAUAUCAUUCGCUCUCUGGAAAUGUCCUCUGACCAUCUUGUCAAAGUUGUCCACCCAUUCAACCGCAGCAACCUAUUUUACGAAGUCCGCUAUCUCGGAACCCCAAAUCAAGCAUCUCAAUUUGCCGACAUACUCAAUUUCAUCCUCACUAUUUAUGAACGACGAGAACGCGUGUCCGCUGGGAUCAUUUAUUGUCGAACGCGAGCCGGUUGUGACGAGCUCAGCACAUUUUUGCGAGGGAAUGGUGUCAAAUCGAAACCAUAUCAUCGAGGGCUGAGACCAUCACAACUCGAUUCAACCCUUCGAGAAUGGACAUCUGGUGGAGGGGCUGGCUCAGGUUCGGUCGAUGUCGUUUGUGCGACGAUUGCAUUUGGUCUUGGGAUUGAUAAGGGAGACGUCCGGUAUAUCAUCCACUAUGACCUCCCCAAGAGUUUGGAAGGUUAUUAUCAAGAGACAGGUCGAGCAGGAAGGGACGGUUCCGCAGCAAGAUGUGUCCUCUACUAUUCACGAGAAGACGCCAUUCGCGUUAAGCGAUUGAUUUCUGCUAACCAAACGAAGCGAACGACAAUGGCGCUACAAUCUGACGGGCCUGAACCCAGUCAGCGUUCAGUAGAUAGUUUCAGAUCGCUCAUUGACUUAGCAGAGAGUACGACUCUCUGUCGUCAUGUUGCAAUUUGUCGCUAUUUUGGCGAAGCGAUUGACUCGAGUGACGCUGGGAUGGUGAGGAAAUACUGCAAUAAAAUGUGUGAUAUAUGCAAAAACCCUGCCAAGACAAAAGGUCUUCACCAGAAACUUUCUUCCCUGGAAUUUGCUGCUACACAAGUACCAAUUCAUCCUUCUCGUACCGACCUUGACGACGAGAACGUGGGGUCAAAGAAUGAUAACCAGAACAAAGGGGACAUUGCAGCGAUGAAACGAGCACGAACCGAGGUAGACAAUGCCGCUGUUGCGCGAUAUGGCAAGAAGAGCAAGACUUCCGGUUCGGCUUUGCCUAUGAGCAUGCGAUCCCUCAACACAAGACAAUUUGCCUCGCAUGGCGCACUGCUUAAACCAUAUAAGCCCCCGCUCAAGGCUGCUCCGGCUCCGAGCAUCGAUGAAAAUGAACGUCCUGCGUUGGAACCAGAUGUAGAGUCUGAACAACCCAACCAGCCAAUAACUAUUGACCUCGAAGAUGAAGACGACCUAGUGCCCGAAUGGGACGGGGAACAGAGAAACGAGAAGAUACCCGAACGCCUCCAAUUCGAUGAUGACAUGGAAGAUGAAUUACGAGGAAACCGAGAAUCCUCCCCAAUGGAAUUAGGGAAACUGAGUGGGGAAAUGGAAGCUUAUUUUUCUCAAAAGAUACCCCUCUACAUGCGACAUAGUGCCCGGGAAAGCUUGCGACAAGCAUUGCAUAAGACGUUUUUGCGAGGCGAUGCGGACAAAAUUUGGAAGGAAAACUUGGGGAAACGAAAACUGGAUGCUGCAUAUCGGUCUCCCCUACUUGACGAGGCCGCGAAAGGACUCGAAUUUGCUGCAUUCUCGCUUUGCAGCACCCAGGAUGGCUACGGGAGUCGUGUUGAGGCAACCGUCGAUGCUGUCAAGUUUUUGGCCAAACAUAUCGGACGAUGGAAGGACGGCGGAAAGGAGGAUGAAUGGGAGGAAGCAAUGGAAGUAAUUCAGGUGGUCAAGAACGCAAAGCUAUGA